AUGAAGCGAAAGAUCUCGGCCGGGGUUUGGAAGCAGGGAUUGGAGGAGUUAGCAACUGGAAAUGUCGGGGUUCUUGAGGCCAAAAUGCUGGAGAGCUUGGGAGAUCUUGGCCGGGUCUUGAAGGAGCCUCGUGGCGGCCGAGAUUUGGAGCAGUCAGUGUCUUGGACCGAAUAUGCGGCUAGAGUAGUUGGAGGGCUACGGGGUAGGCCAGAGCCCGGGUUUUGCUAA